CACUCACUAUUGUCCCAGUGAAACACGUGCUGGGCCAACAUUUUGUUCCGCGGUUGAGAACACCUCGAUGACGUCACACAGGAGGAAGCACAAAACAAGAUGGCGUCUGGCGGAGAAUACGUUGUUUUGGUUAUUAUGGUUUCUAGGUCUUAAUUACAACGUACAUGUGCACAUGUGUGUCGUUUAACGCAGUAAACGUCGUUAUUAAUUGUUAUUGUAUGCGGAUGCAUUAGUCUGAGUGCACUUUGACGUGCUAGCCUAGCCUGCUGGUUAGCUUAGCUUGUUAGCUGCUAACAAAGAGAGGCGGAAGUGAUCGACACAUCAAAGCAGAGAUCCAAUGUCGGGUCGCGGGGCCAGCAGCCUAAGUAGGGAAGCCCAGCCUUUCCUUUCUCCAGCCACUUCAUACAGCUCUUUCUAGGGGAUCCCGAGGCGUUCCAAGGCCAGCCAGUUUCUAACAUAAUAGUGAGAGUCCAGUCCAUAGUGGGGCCAGACAGAGACCAUCCCGAGCGCAGACAGACGUCUGUGAAGAACAUCUUCACCCUCAGCAACAGAAGUGGAGCUUCAGGAUGCAGACGGAGGAGCCACAGCCCUCCCACAUUAAGAAGGAAGAGGAAUACCUUCAGAUCUCCCAUUUUAAAAAGGAAGAGGAAAACCCACUAAUCCCCCAGUUUAAAGAGGAAGUGGUGGAUCCACAGAGCCCUCACAUUGAGGAGGAAGAGGAGGACCCACUGACCCCUCACAUUAAGGAGGAAGAGGAAGAACACAGGAUCAAUCAGCAGGGAGAGCAUCUUGAAGGACUGGAGGAGGUUGAUGUCACCAAGAUGCCAGUGACUGGUGUCCCUGUGAAGAGUGAAGGUGAUGAGGUCAAAGGUGAAAGUGAGGAGAGGGGAGGGGGGGAGCCUCCAAGCAGCAGCUCAACACAACACAUGACAACAGAAGCUGAUGGAGACCACUGUGGAGGAUCACAAGCAGACAAGCUCUUAGCUCCACUAUCAGAUAGUGAGGACACAACGUCACACUCUCCUGACACUGAUGAUGAAGACUCUAAAGAUGAUAAGACAUGUCACACUGACAACACUCACUUCACAUGUUCUCUCUGUCACAAAACCUUUAAAUACCAUAGUUAUCUGAAAAGACACAUGAGAACACACACUGGAGAAAAACCUUUUUCUUGCUCAGUAUGUGGUGAAGGUUUUGUUCGAAGUGAACAUUUGAAAGUACACAAGAGAACACACACUGGUGAAAAACCUUUUGUCUGUUCAAUAUGUGGUAAAGGUUUUGCACACAGUAACAAUUUAAAAAGACAUAUGAGAACAGACACAGGUGAAAAAGCUUUUUCCUGUUCAAUCUGUGGUAAAGGUUUUACAAGAAGUACAGAUGUGAAAGUACACAUUAAAACACACACUGGGAAAAAAAUCGCAUUCCUGUUCAAUCUGCAACAGAAUCUUUUGUCGACAAUCAAGCCUUGUAGCACACAUGAGAAGACACCCAGGAGAGAAAGUGUUGAGUUGCAGUGUGUGUGGUGAAAGAUUGUGUUCUAAGUACCAGUGUAAGAAACACAAGUGUGCUGGUGAGAACAGCAGCAGCAAAUGAAACUGCAGGAUUUGAAAUAAACUGUCCAGACUUUCAUUUUGACUUUCUAACAACAUCAGCACAUAUAACAUGUGUGACAUUGUUGUUUGUGUAACAAUAUUUUUAAAUUUCUUCUACAUUUAUUGCUGAGAUAUUUUAUGACAGUGCUUUUUUCAGUCAAAUACAUGCAUAAAUAUGCAACAUUGUGUACUUUUAUUAAAACACGGACAGAACAAUUUGAGUAAAAAGGUGGGAAUAAACAGUACGGGACAUAUUUUACAUGCAAUAAUCAUUUUAUGGGUGUAUAUAUAUAAAUAUAUGUAUAUGUGUGUACGUAUAUAUGUGUGUAUGUAUAUGUAUAUAUAUUCAGCAGACAAUUUUAGACUUAUUCAUAUGAAAUAUUGAAGUAUUACAUAUUUGUAUUUCUAAUUGUUAAUAAUCCCAUAGAUUAUCACCUUUAUAUGAUAUACAUAUGUACUGGUUCACAUCUGAAACAUCUUCUGGACCACUUCAGGAAGCAUAUUAUUAUUUACUUUAUACAUCAUUUGAACAGUUGUCUUUUAUACAAUUGUAAAAUGUGUGACUUUUUCAAUCAUCUCUUGGGUCUCUAUAAUCUAUUUUAUUCAUUAUCCUUAUUAUAAUUGUGUAUUAUGAUUGUGUUGUGAUUGUUUUAUAUGUAUGUCCCCAGACCUUUAUGCAAUAUAAAAGUGAGAGAAAAUGUCUGAAUUGUUUGUGGAAGGAUGGUUUUGUUUUUACUUACAUUUGUGGAUACAUCAAAUAAAUCCAGUAUUGUGUUUUAAA